UCCGCCGCCAGGGGGCGCGCGGCCGCCGCAGCGUGAGGCCGCUCUGGCCCCGACGGGCUCCCCUCGUCUCGGUGGCCGCCUCUCCCCUCCGCCCGCCGUCAUCGCCGCCGGGAGGGCGCCGCCGCUGUCACCUCUGAUCGCCGGUGCCCAGGCAUCCACCACAUCGGAACCAUGUCCUACGUUUUUGUAAACGACUCUUCUCAGACUAAUGUGCCCUUGCUACAAGCCUGCAUUGACGGAGACUUUAACUAUUCCAAGCGGCUUCUGGAAAGUGGUUUUGACCCCAACAUCCGUGACAGCAGGGGCAGAACAGGCCUUCACCUUGCCGCAGCCCGCGGGAACGUGGACAUCUGCCAGCUGCUGCAUAAAUUUGGGGCUGAUCUUCUGGCCACGGAUUACCAGGGGAACACAGCUCUUCAUCUCUGUGGUCAUGUGGACACUAUUCAAUUCUUAGUCUCCAAUGGACUCAAAAUUGAUAUUUGCAAUCAUCAAGGUGCUACACCCUUAGUUCUGGCAAAGCGCAGGGGAGUGAAUAAAGAUGUCAUCCGAUUGCUGGAGUCUUUGGAAGAACAGGAAGUAAAAGGAUUUAACAGAGGAACCCAUUCAAAACUGGAGACCAUGCAGACAGCUGAGAGUGAAAGCGCCAUGGAAAGCCAUUCCCUCCUCAACCCCAACCUACAGCAAGGUGAAGGCGUCCUGUCCAGCUUCCGAACCACGUGGCAGGAGUUUGUAGAGGAUCUGGGCUUCUGGAGGGUUUUGCUCUUGAUCUUUGUCAUUGCUCUGCUGUCUCUCGGUAUUGCCUACUAUGUGAGCGGGGUGCUGCCCUUCGUGGAAAACCAGCCAGAGCUGGUGCAUUGAAGGAGCCCGUGGAAGGUGCGGCACAUGCCUGUUUCCUGGCUUCAGUGUUUCUCAGUUUCUCCAAAUUGUCCUCUUAGUGCAAGGCAGUGAGGUCUGUACAUCGUUUUCUCUUUGCGUUUUCACAUAUUGUAAUCCUUUCAACUGCCACGUUCAUUUGAACUGACUGCAUACUGUAGUCAGGAUACUGCAUCCUAAAGCUACCCGUGACUCAACCUGACUUCUUAGGAACACACAGCAAUGUGCGGUAAAACAUGGAAAUGACUAAAGAAAGAAAGAUAAGGGAGGUCCCUGCUAUAGAAACCUCAUCCCAACAUAGGACCAACUCCAGUGACAUGUUCA